AGCAAAAGACAGCGCCACCAGGUGGAGGAUGGCUGAGUGCGACGAUGUGUGUGUGUCUGUAUCCAUGAGAAGGACCACGGCUGUCAACCUGGUCACGGGCUUCUUUCAGUACCUCCGCGAUGAGCAAGAGGCGGUUCAGAAACGAACGUUCACAAAGUGGAUCAACUCCCACUUGGCCAAGCGCACACCGCCGCUUGUGGUCAAAGACCUGUUUGAGGACAUAAAGGAUGGCGUGAUGUUGCUGGCUCUGUUGGAGACACUGUCGGGUCAGAAGCUGCCCUGCGAACAAGGCCGCCAGCUGCGCAGGAUCCACUGGGUCUCCAACGUCGGCACGGCCCUCAAGUUCCUGGAAGGCAGGAGGUCGGUUUACAGAGGAUCUCCGAUCAAGCUGGUCAACAUCAAUGCCACGGACAUCGUGGACGGGCGGCCCUCGAUUGUGCUGGGCCUCAUGUGGACCAUCAUUCUCUACUUCCAGAUCGAGGAGCUGACCAGCAGCCUGCCAGCUAUGCAGGCUCUGAGCAGCAGCACAUCCUCGGUAGACAGUGUGGCCAGCUCAGACACAGCCAGCCCACCCAUAAAGAAGAAGUCUACCCCAAAGUCUCAGGUGAACGCCAGGAAGGCCCUGCUGACAUGGGUACAACGCACAGUGACCAAGGAUUUGGGCGUGGAGGUGAAGGACUUUGGGCCCAGCUGGCGCACAGGUGUGGCAUUCCAUGCCGUCAUCCAUGCCAUCCGACCGGAGCUUGUAAACAUGGACGUCGUGCGGGGCAGAUCCAACAGGGAGAACCUGGAAGAUGCUUUCUCAUUGGCCGAGGACCAGCUGGGGAUCCCACGGCUGCUCGACCCCGAAGAUGUGGACGUAGACAAACCAGACGACAAGUCCAUCAUGACAUAUGUGGCUCAGUUCCUCAAGCACUACCCAGGUGCCCACACGUCGGAGCCCCACGAGCAGCAAGAGGAGAGAGAGCAACGGAAGGUCUUGAGAGAGAUGAAGACCUCACUGGAGCAGCUGGACCGUGACUUGAUCCAAGCUCAGGGGACCCAGGGAAGUCUGGCAGAAAAAUACCAGUCCUUCAAGGCGUUCCGUGUGAAGUACGAAAUGUGUACGAAGCAGAUUGACACACUGCUGAGGCCCAUGCAGCAGGACGGAAAGCUGACUGUGGACCAGGCACUGGCCAAGCAAGCAUGGGACCACGUGUCCUCCCGGUUCCUGGACUGGCACCUACAGCUGGACAGAGCCCUUCCUGAUCUUCUGGGCACAGUGGGGGCAUGGCUGCACCAAGCCGAAGCAGCUCUGCAGGAGGAGGUGGCCAUCGGACCAGUCCAUGAGGAGACAUCCAACAAUGUCCACCGGACGCUAGAGCAACACAAGGAAUUGCUGAUGAGUCUGGAGGAACACCAUCGGGUCUUCCAGCAGAUCCACCGGGAUCGCUCCGUCAAUGGUGUGCCUGUGCACCCCGAGCAGCUGCAAGACAUGGCAGAGAGGUUCAAUCAUGUGUCAAUGGCAUAUCAAGGGCACUUGAGAAAACUGGAAUUCUGGGAAAUGAAGUACCGCGUGCUGGCAUUCCUUGUGCUUGCAGAGUCUAAACUAAAGACCUGGGUCAUAAAAUAUAGUCGCCAGGAGUCAGUGGAGCUGCUGCUGGAGAGCUACACUUCCUUCAUGGAAGAACACAGGUUCAUGGAGCAGUAUGAGAUCACGUACGGUGCUCUGAAGCGAACUGCUGAGGCGUACGUGCAGUCCGACAGCUCUGCUGAGCAACGGGAGGGCUUGAACCACUUCCUGAGCGACACGUCUGCGCAGUGGAAGCAGCUGUGUGUGGAGCUGCGCAGUGUGCGCUCCAUGCUGCAGGAGGUGCUGUCCAGCUGGGAGAGGUAUGGCAGCUCGGUGGCGGCGCUGCAGGCCUGGCUGGAGGAUGCUGAGAGGAAGCUGGCCGAGCCCGAGAGCACCAAGCGGGAGUUCUUCCAGAACCUUCCACACUGGAUCCAGCAGCAUGCGACCAUGAACGAUGCCGGCAACUUCCUCAUCGAGACCUGCGAUGAGACAGUGUCUCUUGAGCUAAAGCAGCAGCUUCUCCUGCUGAACGGGCGUUGGAGAGAGCUCUUUGUCAGGGUCAAGCAGUAUGCACAGCCGAACGAGGUAGACAGGAUGAGGAAGGACCUCCAAGAGGGACUGUCCAGCCUGAGCAGCUUCUUGGAUCUGGUCAUUGAGAAGAUGAGCACCUCAGUGCAGGUGUCCUUCCUCAACGUCAGAUCAUUUGUGCAAGAUUUGGAGGACAUCAAGCAGAAGCUCGCGACCGCGGAGGCACAGUACGAGAAGGUGAGCCACACUGCCCAGCUGCUCGCCAAGGACACACCGCAGGAGGAGGCCGCACAGAUGCGGGCGACCGUGGCAACAGUCAAGGAUCAACUAAAUAAGGUACGGGAGAAGCACCUGCACCUGCAGCCGGAAGCACAGGCUCUGCUGGCCCCUCUGGAGGAGAUGGAGAAGCACAUCACCAGCUUCUAUGAGAGUCUGGAAAGAGCCAGUGUCAUCACGGUGGCCCGUGACUCAGACACCCCUGGGGACUAUAAGCACAAGUGUCAGGCGCUGCUGACCUGCCAGCAGACGUGCAGUAAAUGCCUGUCGGCCGUGGAGCACGGGCAGCAGUCCCUGCUGAGAACACUAAGUGCCAGUGGGACCCUGCGCCACUUCGACACGUCACUGCUGCAGAAGAGGGUUCUUGACCUGCAGGGCACCUUACAGACCAUGGUGCAGGAGGCAGGAGAGUGGAGGAAGCACGUCGAGGCCAACAGCGGCCUCAUGAGGAGGUUUGAUGAGUCACGCGUGGAGCUGGAGAAGGUGCUCAAGGCAGCCCAGGUCUCGCUGAAGGAGCAGGGGAACCCAGAGGAGCUGCUUGAGAAGCAUACGGAGUUCUUUGGGCAGAUUGACCAGCGUGUGCUGAGCGCCUUCCUGAAGGCAUGCGACGAGCUCACCGACAUCCUGCCUGAGGGCGAGCACCAGGGCCUGCAGGAGACUGUCCGCAGGCUGCACAAGCAGUGGAAGGAUGUCCACACGGAGGCGCCCUUCCAUCUGCUGCGGUUGAGAGUGCAUGCAGGGAGCCGCCAACUGUUGGCCCUGCUGCAGGAUUGUCAGGUGGAGCUGGAGCGCGAGAACGAUGCCCUGCCCACGGCUGGCAGCGAGAGGCUGGUCAGGGAGCACAGGGCCUUCUUCAAGGAGUCAGGCCCCCAGGCUGUCUGUGAGAAGAGGCUUCAGGAUAUGGAGGAGCUUUGUGGGAAGCUGCCAGAAGGUGACCCUGCCCACCAGACCACCCACAGCUGCAGAGUGGCCAUCUCCAAGCUCGCGGCGCAGGUGGAUAACACCUACCAGGUGCUACUGCAGCACCCAGACAAGUGGGAGGAAUUUACUUCAAGGUGCUCCAUGCUGGAUUCCUGGAUCUCCUCGAAGGAAUCCCAGCUGAGGGAGCUGAAGGUCCAGGCCAGCGACCCCGACGCACAUGGCUGGGUAAAGACCACUCUGGAGGAGAUGCGCCGCGAUGCCGAGGAGCAGCAGGGCAACCUGGGAUGGCUGGAGACCCGGCUGGCUGCCCUCAUGGAGGUCUGCCUCGAAGGUGAUUUCCACCAACAGCGAGACGUCCUUACCAAGCUCUCCUCAGACCAUGAGUCCCUGCUGUCUUCCCUGGCCGAGGUAGAGGACACACUCUUGGCCACAGGAGCUCGAGUCCAGGUCCGGGCGGAGAUUCUUCGCUCGCUGGAGGAGCUGCAAAAGGCCCAGAAGCAGGUCCAGAAAGGGGCUGCUAAGAUCCUAGAAGCCCAAGAUGUGAAGGAGGCUCAGCAGAUGCUUCUUAGCCACCAGAAGCACCUGGAGCAGCUGCGGGCCAAGAGGAGCGAGGCAGAGCAGCAGGUGCUGCGCGUGUGCCACCUGCAGACAGAGGAGAAGCCAAGCGACUCCCUGCAGAUGCUGGAGAGGGUGCUGCACUCCGUGGAUGAGACUGUCGAGCAGGAGGAGACCAUUCUGCAGGAGACCCUGGCUGCCUGGCAGGACUUGGAAAGGCAGCUGGAGGCCCUGGAGGCGUUUGUGAGCCGUGCUGACAUUGCCCUGCGAAGGGACUGCGCUUUCAGCAGCUUGGAGGGUCUCACAGCUAAGCUGGAGCAGGCCAGGGACCUGCACAAGCAGAGCGAGGAGCAAUGCUCCCAGGUGGAGCUGCUCCUGAAGGAGGCAGCAGAGAUCCGGCUGGGCUCCAGCAACCGGAUCCGCCUGCAGGAACAAACUCGGGUACUCCAGAAACAGGUGGGCCGAGUCAGGGCCAGCGUCACUGACAACGCUCAACAGCUAGAGACCAUUAAAUCCCAGUGGGAGGAGUUCAACAAUAGGAUCCAUAUCCUCUCCACAUGGAUCAGUGAGAGGGGAGAGGAGCUGGUCUCCCUGAGGGCUGGCACCUUGACGCUGCAGCAACAAGAGAGUGCUAUGAAGGCUGUGGAGGCUGGUCUACAGGAGAGGACAGAGGUCCUUCCCCUGCUGGAGACGGAAUCAUGUUCUCUGGGCCAGUUCAUAUCACCGGAGGAGGCAGCUCGCAUGAGGGCCAGGUUAAUGCAGGUGGGGCAGGAAUGGGAGGAGCUACAGGAGAGUGUGGAGCGGGUGGGCGGAGACUUGGAGCAGAGAACUGCCCACCUGCACAGGUUCACCCAGGAUCUGGAACAGGCACGGACGUCCCUGCAGAAGCUGGGUGACAAGCUGGAGCAGCCAGUGACAUCCUGCGCCUCAUCGUCUGAUGCCUACAGGGCUCUUGAAGAUCAUCAGGAUGAGGCCCAGUCUCUGGAGCAGCUCAGGCAAGCCGUGGCAGCACUAUCAGGUGCGGCACAGCGGCUCUCGGACCGUGAGCAGGCGGAGGGGGACAUAGUCGCGCUGCAGCACCAACUGGAGGAGCAUCUCAGACAGGCCGGUGACAAGCAGGUGCUGCUGGAGAACCUGCAGUCCCUGUGGCAGAGAUACGAGAAGGAGCUUUCCAGCCUCAUGUCGUGGCUCGAGAGGAGUGAGUUCGCCUGCAGUCCAGUUGCCCUCUGCCUCUCAGUGGAUAAAACCAAACUGCAGACCCAGCUGUGUGCGCUCCAGGACCUGCAGUCUGAGACUGUAGCCCAGGAGUCCUUCCACCAGGACCUUCUGAGCCUGGCAGCAUCUUUACAUCUGACAGCUUCACGUGAACAAGUGAAGGAGCUCUCUGCACACGUGGAGCAGCUGGAAGAAAGGUGGAGAGAGCAGGUCCAGAUGGUACUCAAAAGAAUGCAGCAGCUGCAGACUCACAUGGAGAUGGUAGAGCAGUUUGAGCAAACCCUGGCUGAGUUCUCCCACUGGAGCAAGAGCUUUCUGUCCGACCUCCACACCUUCUCCCAGGUGGACAUCACAGAUCUUGUGACUGCAGACACCCAGACCAAGGAAGCGGAAGCCAUGCUGCAGAACAAGGAAGGGACCAGAGCGAGUCUGGAGCAGCGUGUGGCCUCCCUGAGUGGGACCUGCAAUGCAGACGAGCUGCCGCUGCUCCGCAGGCGCUGGGACACCAGUCUGCAGCCUUGCUUGGAGGCACAGCAGCUGCUGGAGCACCGGCGCAGUUGCCUCGGCCAGCUGGAGGCCUUCCUAGAGGGCCGCGGCGCAACGGCCAGCCUGCUGCAGGGCACAAGGCAGGCACUAGAGGGCGCCGGCAGCUUUGACCGAGCCCAGGCCGAGCCUUUGCGGCAGGAGCUGGAAUCAGCAGCGGCCGAUGUUUGCAGGCUAGAUGUGCAAGCAGUCAGCCUGGACAGCAGUCUCAGUAAGGCCCGCUGGCAGCUGUGUGGAGAGGGGGCAGGACCGCGGAUCACUUGCAGAGCACUGGUGGAAGCCCUCACUAUGUCUAUGGAGGAUGUGCAGAACCUGCUGGGCACCAGGCAGAGUGAGGCAGAGGCCCUGGGGGCACUGUGGACUGCCUUCCGCCAGCGGAAGGAGCAACUGCUGUUGGUCCUGCGGGAGGUGGAGGAGAAGGCUAGUGGGCAGAGCCUCCAGGAACCCAGCCUCCAGGAGCUCCAGCACAGGUUGCGCUUCUUCAACGAGCUGGAAGAGGAGCUGCUCUUGCACCAGCAUGAGGUGCAGUGGGUACGUGAGCGAGGCCAGCAGCUAGCCCAGAGAGACGCAGAGCUGGCUGGUGAGGCACUUCGGGAAGUUGGCCUGGUUGAGAUAGCCUGGGAGGAGGCACAGAGGACUCUCACAGACAGGCAGGCCCAGUCCUCCCUCCUCCUGGACAACCUGAGGGAUUUCCAGAAUCUGAAGUCCUCCAUCAACAACAUGGUGGAGAAAGCAGCCGGUGUGGCGGAGAUCAGAUGGCCUCUGAAGGACCAGGAAGAUGUCCGGAGGGAGCUGUCUCGGCACGAGGCAGCAAAGAUGGAAAUGGGGCACUGUCAGGAAGAGUUGGACCUCCUCACCAGCAGGGGGAAGCACUUGUUGGGUGAACUGAGCAGCAUCCCAGACUGCGAACCUCAGAUGAUCAAACAGGACCUGGAUGCCGUGCUGGAGCAGUGGCUUGAUGUGUCUGAGAGGAUCGACGACAACAUCAAGCAUCUCGGCCGUAGUGCUGCUCUGUGGGCGGAGCUUCAGGUCAGGGCGGAGGAUAUUGACAGCUGGGCUGGCAGUGUGGCUGCGGAGCUCAGCAAGAGGGUCACAAACCUCAGCGACAGUCAGCAGACAGAGCAAUUCCUCUCUGAGCUGCAGGUGGAAAUGCAGAGCAAGGAGCAGGAGCUGGAAGCCAUGCAUGAGAAUGUGUGUGAGCUGAAAGAGCUCACCUGCAGUCAGGACACACCCACACAGCUGCAGGUCCUGGAGGCCAAGCUGCGGAAGAAGCUGGAGCACAUCCAGGGGCUCUUGAAGCAGACCAGCACCUCGCUGGAGGACUUCUGCUCCCAGAAGCAGGAGCUGGAGAACUUCAUUUCCCAGAUGACCAGGCAACUACAGGAAGUGGAGGACUCUCUGUCAGCCCUGCCGCAAGGCCCAGAUGAGGAGGACAUAUGCAGAGUUAAGGAGCACCAGAAAGAGUUACAGGCCCUGAGAAUAAACACAGACUCCAUGCGCGACUCCCUGGGCUCCCUGUGCAGGCGUUUCCCGACCGAAGACCUGGUGUUCCUGGGGACAGCACUUGCAGACCUGUCCAAGCGCAGUGAGGCUGCACACCUGAGCUGCUCCCGCACACUGGGCUCCCUGCAGGAUGGCCUGCAGCAGCACUUUACUGAGCUGGUGAACAGCUUCCACAUGUGGCUCCUAGUGCUGAAGGAAGGUGUGAAGGAGUGUUCCGACCAAUCAGGGGACAUCGCAGCUGUGCGUGACAAGCUGCAGAGACUCAAGGGGGCUCUGGAGCAGGUCGAUGAGGGCAAGGGUUGGCUAACCCGGGUGUGUGAGGAGGGCAAGAAGCUCCUGCUCCACCUCCCCAAGACGAACACGGCGCAGGUGCACCAGCAGAUCUCCACCAGCCAGCAGGAGUGGGUCAACUUUGUGGAGCAAUGCCAUCACAACCAGCGGGUCCUGGAGGAGGUCAUAGCCCAGUUGGACAGGUUUGAGACCAGACUAGAGGACCUGAGCGAGUGGCUGCAACAGAAGGAGCGGGGGAUCCAUGCAGAGCUUUCAAAUCAGAGUCAGCACCUUCUUCCUGAGACGGAGGAGCUGGAGAAGAUGGAGGUGUUUGUGAAAGAACUUCUGAAGGAGAGGGAUGCCUUCGACAGGCUCUGCCGUGAGGCUCAGAGCCUGAGUGAGGCAGGACGUGGGGCAGGUGGGGAGGUGCGUGCAGCUGUGCAGCUGCAGACACAGCACCAGGCCCUGCUGAAAAGCAUGCAGGAACAGCUGCGCUCUCACCAGCUGGCCUUGCAGGAACACCGCGCCUUUGAAGAAUCGCUGCACAGUGCCUGGGCCUGGCUGAAGGACCUGCAGGACCGGCUGGCCGACCUUGACAAUACCAUCGGCAGCAGGACAGCACUGGAGCAGAGACUGGUGCUGGUGCAGGAUGUUCUGCUGCUGAAGAGUGAAGGCGAAGUGAAACUGAACAUGGCUGUAGGAAAGGCAGAGCAGCUGCUGAGGAGCAGUAGGGUGGAGCCUGGACAGGAGGCAGAGCAGGAGGUGGGACAAGGAGCCAGACAGGAAGCGAUACGCUCCCAGUUGCAAGAGCUGAAGGAUGCCUGGACCUCCAUGCAGGUCAAGUUGAUGGGCUGCCACAGCCGGCUGCAGUGGACCGUAUCCCAGUGCAACAGCUUCAAGGUGAGUGAGGCCAAGCUUCUGCAGUGGAUGGAAGUCAUGGAGCGGGAGGCGGAGACCUCAGCAGCGCCCCCACCAGGCUUGAAAGAGAAGGCCGUGCAUCUGGAACGCCUGCGUGCUGCACUGGCCGAUGUGGAGCAUCAUGAGGACGCUCUGUCAGAGCUCACGCAGCUGGGAGCUGAGCUGCGCGCCAAGACGGCUGACUCCACCUUUCGAGAGGAAGCGUGCGCCGAGCUGCGCGUGCAGUUCGAUGACAUCGCCGCCAUCGUCAAGGACAAGGUGAGGCAGGCGGAGGAGUCUCUAGUGGAGCAUGAGCGCUACGCAGAGGCCGUACGCGACCUGACGGACUGGCUGGCGUCUGCCAGGGAGGAGCUGCAGCGGUGGGCGGAGCCAACAGGUGACCCCGCCUCCCUCCAGAGGAGACUGACCAAGGUGCAGGAGCUGAUUGAUUCCAGGCAGCAGGGCCGAGAGCGGCUGCGCAGCGUGCAGCGGAGCACUGCGUUCGUGCCGGAGAGCACCGACCAGGGGGGCCCGCAGCGAGCCUGGGAAGAGUGGGAGGGGGCGGCGCUGCGCGCGCGGGACACCCUCCGUGACGCCCUGGCUCGCGCUGACGGCUCUGAGCGAGAGUUUCGAGUCCUGGAGGCGCAGCUGGAGCAGGAGCUGGAGACGUUCCGUGGACAGCUGUGUGACUGGGGCCAGCAGCUGAGCUCGGCGGACGGGAAAGGCAGCAGUGGCGGAGACGAGGCGGCCCGGGGCUGGAGGAUCGCGAAGGACACCGUGGAGGGGCUUCUCAGGAUGGAGCCACUCACCGACAGCCUCCAGAGCCAGUUGAACAGCCUGUGCCGCUUCCCCAAGGACCUGCACUCACACUCGGAGAGAGUGUCCUCCCUCAUCAAGGAGUACAACAGCCUCAGUCUACAGGCUGCGAAAGAGUGCCAGAACAAGGAGAAGUUUCUAGAACAGCAGCUCCGCACCGCUUUCCGCGACUUCCAGCAGUGGCUCGUCAACGCCAAGAUUAACACGGCCAAGUGCUUCGAUGUGCCCCAGAGCAUUGGCGAGGCCUCUGCUGCCUUGCUCAAAGUACAGGAAUUCCUGAGUGACAAAGAACAGGGCCAGAGCAAGUUGGACGCCGUGGUGGUCAGCGGAGAGCUUCUAAGCAGCAUUGUGAGCAAAGACAGAGUAGACACCAUUCAGGCAAAGGUGACCAGUGCCCGGGAUGACUGGAAGAGCUUCAUCUCCAACCUGCUGAAGAGGGAGACGGCCUUGCAGAAUCUGCAGGCCCAGAUGAAGGACCUGGAGUCGAGUGCAGAGCCGCUGCAGUCGUGGCUCACCGGGACGGAGAGCGCUGUGCAGGAGAGCAGCACACGCCUCCACGACCUUUCAGCCAAGCGACAGGAGCUGCACAAGUUGCAGUCGGUGCUAGAGGAAAUAGCCUCCCAGGAGGGCCAGCUAAGCUGCUUGAGGGAAAAGGCCCUGCUUCUCUGGGAGGGCCAGGCGGCAGGGAAAGCCUUUAUGCACCGAGUUGGCCAGCUGUCAGCGCAGUACCUAGCGCUGAGCAACCUGACCAAGGAGAAGGCGUCCCGUGUCGACCGUAUCGUCAGCGAGCACCAGCUCUUCUCCCAGGGCCUGAAGGAGCUUCAAGGUUGGGUGGUAGAUGCCAACGACGCGCUGCAGACCUUCCGCUCUCCCACCGCAGACAAGAACGUGCUGGACCAGAGGAUGAUCAAGCUUGAAGCGCUGCUGGCAACCAGGCAGGAGAAAGAGAUCCAGCUGAAGAUGCUCAUCACCCGUGGAGAGUCAGUUCAGAGGAACACCUCCCCAGAGGGCGUCCCUGUGGUCCGUAAGCAGAUCCAGGACCUCAAGGACUCUUGGGAUUCCCUGCUCUCUGCUUCCAUUCAGUGCAAGAGCCAGCUGGAGGGGGCUCUGUCCCAGUGGACGAGCUAUCAGGAGGACGUGCGUCACUUCCUGGCUUGGAUGGAGGCCGUGGAGAUGGGCCUGGGCAGCACGGACAAACAGUACUCUGAGAUGAGGGACAAGACAGCUAACCUCGGCAAGGCUAAGCUGUUAUACGAAGAGGUUCUGAGUCACCGCAGCCCCCUGGAGACCAUCGCGAUGAAGGGGGCCGAUAUGUCAGAGCACGGCGCCACGCAGCUCGAGGUCCAGGAACUGCAGGAGCGUUACGCUGCAGUCAGGGACAAAGCGAAGGCGGCAGUGAGCAGGGCGGAGGAGCUGGUUCUGACCCACCAAGAGUACCAGCGUGGCCUGCACAUUCUGGAGGACUGGCUGGAGCAGGAGCAGGAGCGACUGGGCCGCUGCUCGACACUGGAGGGAAAUGUUGAAGCCCUGGAGAGCACCUUGCAGGAGCUGCAGGAGCUGCAGGAGCGCUGCUCUGCAGGCGAAGCCCUGAUGGCAUCUGUUCUGGCCAGUCGGGAGCAGGUCAUCCCCUGGGGGCUGCCGCAGAUUGAGGACCGGGCACUGGAGACCGUGCAGCAGGAUUGGCAGAGCUACCAGGCGCGGCUGACGGAGAAUUUGACCCGGUUCACCUCCACCUUGGACAGGCUCCGACAGAUGGAGCAGCAGUUUCGACACCUUGACUGCUGGUUGACCGACAUGGAGGCCAAAAGCCAAAUGCGCAGCCACCGGCGGUCGGACAGGACCACCAAGGAGCACCUGCUGCAGCAGCACAAGGGCUGGCAGGAGGAGGCGCUGCGGCACCAGGAGCAGGUCGAAGGCUUGGCCCAGCAGGUUCUGGAGGAGGUCCAUCUUAGCAGCCACGGGAGCGCCCAGGCGGCCCAACUGACAGCUCGCUACCAUGCCCUACUGCUGCAGCUUGCAGAGAGUGUCAGGCAGCUGCAGGAGGAGAUCCGCAGCAUCGACGAGGCCCACGGCGUUUUCAGCACCUUCUCUGAUUGGCUGAGCACUGUGCAGAAGAGGUUCCAAACGGCCGUUGCCGGCAUUGACCUGCUGGACCGGGUCGCCAUGGAGAGGAAAAUGAAGGAGCUGGAGCUCCUGCAGGGCGACGUGGAGCAGGGUCACAGCUUCCUGAAGGCCAUGCGGGAGAAGACGGAGCGCGCCUCGUCCUUCCUGGGCGACACAGAGGCGGAGGAGCUACGCGCGCAGGUGGCGGCACGCCUCUCCCAGUUGGAGGGGCUCAUGGGAGCUCUGCGGGUGGAGCACAGCGGCCUUGAGAAGCACCUCCUGCUAGCCAAGGAGUUCCUGGACAAGUACAAGGCGCAGGCGCAGUGGGUGGCAGAGAUGAAGGCGGUACUCAGCUGCCCGGUGGAGGCCAAGGCCGAGCUGUUCCAGAAGAAGGCCCAGUUGGCUAAGUACAAGAGCAUCCAGCUCAUGGUGGAGUCGCACGAGGCGGCCGUAAGCUGUGUUGUCGAGAAGGGGGGCGCUUUGCUGGACAGCGUGUGCGACACGUCCAUCAGCAACAAUGUGGCCAGGCUGCAGGAGGACUACCAGGAGCUGCAUGCCACGGCUGUAGCCCACGUGACCAGGCUGGCGGAGCAGGUGAAGGAGCACGAGUCCUACACCCGGGAGCUGCAAGAGGUGGAGAGAUGGCUGCUACAGAUGUCCAGACGGAUGGUGGUGUCCGACCCCACGCAGAGCAGCACCAUGGAAGGGGCCGCGCAGCAGCUGGCCGGGCACAAGGCCCUCAUGGAGGAGGUCGCCGGCUUCGAGGAGCGUCUCAGCAGCCUCAAGGAGAGAGGAGACGAGCUCGUGGCCAGCUGUGCAGACACUGUCCAGGCGCGGCUGCGACAACAGAUCCAGGCCCACCAGCAGGGCACGCGAGACAGCUACUCAGCCAUCUGCAGCACAGCUCAGCGGGUCUACCAGAGUCUGGAUCGGGAGCUACAGAAACAUGUUGGCCACCAGGAUGCUCUGCUGCAGUGUCAGGCAUGGCUGAGCACCGUGCAGGAAGAGCUGCUGGAUGUGCAGCCACCGGUCAGCCUGCAGGAGGCACUGCAGCAGGUAAAACACGACCGAGCCUUACAGGAGCAGGCCAGCACGUACUUGGACUUGGUGUGCUCGGUGUGUGACCUCUCUGAGGGAACCGUGAGAGAUACUGCCUCAAAGAUCCAGCAGAUUAAAAUCAUUAUCGAGGAGCGAAUGUCCAUCUCCCAGGACCUGGCUGAGAGCUGGAGGGAAAUCAGAGAGCAACGAACAGAGCUGGAGGCUCACUUCCAAGAUGUGGAGCAACAGCUGCAGAACCUCAGCAGGAGGCCUGCGGAGCUGGAGCUCAAGAUUGCUGAGAACAUGCUGUUACAAGCGAAGGAGUUCCUCCAGCAGCUGCAGGCCGAUGGCAGCACCCUGACACACAUGACGGAGAACGUGAGCAGGCUAACGGAAGGCAGGGAUUCGCCAGAGCACACAGAGGUGGAGAAGCUCCAUCGCACCUGGCAGGAACUGUGCCUGGGGGCCGAGAAUCACAUGGGCCGGAUGGAGGAGGACGUACAGAGGGCCAGGGCCUACCACAAAUGCAUCAGUGAGGUGGAAAUGCUUUUUGGACAGAUGUUUAAAGAGUGGGACAUUCUGGCCAGAACGGACACCGAGAACUCAUCAGAACACCUGGAGGAGCUGAGAAAGCUGGCAACCCUUUUGGAGGAGCAGAGGGUCACUUUGGAUAAGCUGAAGGACCAAAGGCAGAAGGUCAUUCAGCAUCUGAACCUUGAAGACAAGGAACUUGUCAAGGAGCAAGUGGGGCACUUUGAGCAGCGCUGGGCUCAGUUGGAGGGAAUCGUUAAGAAGAAGAUCCAGGAUUCUGCACUGAUGCUGGAAGACCUGUGCCAGGUGGAGUCAAGGUUGCGGGAGGCACGAGAGUGGGUAGAGGAGCAGCAGCCCGCUCUGUCCGAGGCCAUGAAGAUGAGUCCUCCACCAGAGUUGGCUCAGAGCUUCCUUUUUGACCACCUGAGCAUCUGCAGUGAGCUGGAGGCCAAGCAGCUGGUGCUCACCCAGGCCAUGUCAGAUGCAGACCGGCUGCUUGCGAACCUGGGCUUGGAUGAACGGCAGAGACUCCAGCAGCUCAUCACGGACACCCAGGCAGAGCUGGACAGCCUGAGCACCAGGGUGGUCCAGCGGAGGAAGAACCUGAGCAAAGCGUUCACGGAAAAGACCCAGUUCCUGCAGGCCCUUGGUCAAGCAAUGGCAUGGAUCCAGCAGAACAGGAGGAAGGCACUAGUCGAGGAUCAUGUAGCCCUCCUGCCUGAUGACCUCAGCAAGCAGGCCAGGCUGUGCCGAUGCGUCCAGAGUAGCCUCAGGGCGUACCAAAGCGAACUAGCCUCCCUGUGGUCCCAGGGACGGGAUCUAAUGAAGAAUGCUACAGAGGACGAGAAGGCUGAGAUGUUGGCCAAGCUGCAGGAGCUCCAAAACAUGUUUGAGGCAGCACUGCAGAAGUGUGCCGAGCGACUGCAAGAGCUGGAGAAGAUUCUGGUGUCCAGAAAGUAUUUCAAAAUGGACCUGGAUAGAACUUGCCAGUGGCUGAAACAGGCAGAUAUUGUAACGUUUCCUGAAAUCAACAUGAUGAGUAGUGACACUGAGCUCUACCUGCAGCUCACAAAAUACCAGCGGAUACUGGAGCAAGCCACAGAAUAUGAGAAUUUGCUGCUUAUUGUCCAGAGAGCAGGGCAGGAGAUACUUCCCACUCUUAACCAAGUCGAUCACUGCUACCUGGACGAGAAGCUCAAUGCUCUCCCUCAGCAGUACAACAACAUUCUGGCUUUGGCCAAAGAAAAACGUGAACAAAUCCAACAGACUAUUCUUGGCCGCAAGGAGUACGCCUCAUUUAUUGAAGUGACGUUCAAGGCAGUGAAGGAACUUGAGGAUCAGUUUGCUCACCUGGAGAAGCAACCAGUUGGCCUGGAGAUGGAGGAGCUUGUUCAGUUGCGGGAUGAUUACAAGUCCCUCCUCUCAGACUUGACACACUUGGGUCUUGCGGUCAGUGAGCUGAAUCAGAAGAAGGAAGGUUUCUGCAGCACAGGACAGCCCUGGCGGCCAAAGGAGAUAGCCCAACUGGUAAGUCUUCACAGGAGGCUCGAGAGACUCUUGAAGCAGAGAGUGGCAGGUCUGGAUGGCGCCUUGGAGUCCUUUGAGGAACACAGAGCUCUCCUGGAGAAGUUCCACUCUGAGUUAAAUGUGACCAAAGACCAGGUGACCAAGGUCAAGACAGAGACUCAGCUGGAAGAAGAAGGACUGAAGAAGUGUCACACCAUGGCUGGGAGUUUGCAGGAGGCUGGUUUCCAUCUCAAGAGGCUUAUGGAGAAGGUGAAGAACCUGGACCAUCAUGUGGAUCCGAUUUCCCUCCAAAUGUCCCAGCAACAGGCGGAUACCUGGCAAGAGGAGCUGCAGUCCCUGCAGGCAGCAGUGAGACAGCAGAUCAUGGAAUGUGAAGACCACAUUGUGCAGAGUAGAGACUUUGAGACCGAGGCGAGAAGGACCCUCAACUGGCUCAGACAGGUGAAGGAUGAGCUGAACACCACUAAGGUCUUGGACGUGGAGGUGGAGAAAGUGAAGGAGGAGAUCAGGAAACAGCAGACUGUACAGGAGGAGAUGCAGUCCAGGCUGAGAAUUGUGGCUGCCUUGAGCACCAAGGAAAGGCAAAAGUUUAUCAGUGCAAAUGAACAGGUUCCUGAUCAAAUGGAGAGCAGCCUGGAGGAAAUGGCAAAGAUGGAAGCUGAGGUCCAACAAGCACUGAGCAAGAAACAGGCUACCCUGCAGAGGGUCCUGGAGCUGCUUUCGGAGAAUAACUCAGCCACACAGGCAGCUGGAGUCUGGCUGGACAAGGCUCAGGUCUUCCUGGAGGAUGCCUCCUUUGGGGUAGAUGUGGAGAAGUGUGAGGAGAUCCUCCAAGAACAGGACAACAUUGUGGGUGGAGAACACAGCUUCCUUGGCCAUCUACAUGAGCUUCAGGUCCUGACAGAACAGCUGAAAACCCUCAUCUGUCCCAGUGCCUGCGAAACGUUCAGCUUGCGUGUGAAUGCAUUGCAGCAGAAGGGGGUGGAGAUAAGCAAGCAGCUCCGGUGUCAUCAGGAUCUUCUAAGCAGCUGCGUGACUCAAUGGAAGUCUUACCAGGAUGCCCGACAGGCCACGGUGGACCUGAUGAAUGAGGCUGAGCAGAAGCUGGUGGAGUUCUCCACAGCCAAGGCUGCCACCAGCCAGGAAGCAUGGGUCAAACUCCAGGAUCACAAGGCACUGAUUUCACUGCUGGACAGCUUCCGGGAUGGGCUGGCGGAGCUGGAGGAGAGGGCUGUCCAGCUGGGCCGGGUUGGAAGCGAUGCCAGCAGGGCCUCUUUGACACGCUCUGUGACGGCGGCGUGGCAGCGCUGGACACGGCUGCGCACCAUUGCACAGGAGCAGGAGAAAAGCCUGGAGGCGACAGCACAUGAAUGGAGCAGCUUUGAGGAAAAGAUGGACAAGGUGAGGGCUGUAGCAGAGGACCUCCAAGGCCGAGUUCCCGAUGGCUCUGUUGAGAAGGCCUCCAAAGCCAGCCUGCAGACGCUGUUGGAAUACCACGACUCCUUCACCCAGGAGGUGGAGCGUGAACACUCGGCCCUCGCACUGCUGCGCCAGUACGCCCUCAGCCUGCCGCAGGCCAUGCCCCUAACCGCAGCCACACCCAUAUCUGCCCAAACCGAGCUACCAGUCGUACAGGAGAUCCAGAACAUGCAGGAGCAUUACGACAGCCUCGUGCAGCAGGUGCGCAGGACUCGUGCACAGGUGCAGCAGGAGCUCAAGGAGCAGCAGGAGGUUGAGCGAGAGCUGGGCCUGGUGAAGUCGUGGGUCCAGGAUGUGCAGGGGCUUCUGCUGAGCGCCCCAACAGACGAGGACUCCCUACUGCAAGAGCUAGAGGUGGUGCACAAAGAGGUCCUCUCUCAUCGAAAGAAUGUUGAGAAGAUUGCAGAGCAACAGCAUACUAAGUACUUGGACCUGAACACCAUCCUACCCUCUGAGAUGUCCAUGCAGAUCGCUGAGGUGACCCUGGCCCUGAGCACUGUGGACGAACAGGUCCAGGCCAAAGAGAAAGAAGUCCACCACACCAAAAACACAAAGGAGAACUUCAGCUCCAGAAUCCAUGAUGUCUCAGAGAAGAUGAGGAUCAUCUCUGUAAAGCUGAAGGAAAAGGCCACAGACAUCUCUCAGGCCAAGGAGGAAACCAAGGCUUUGAGGGAGGAGCUGGAGAGCUGUGGACAGACCCUGGUGGAGCUGGACGGCGCUGUGCGGGACUUUGGAGAGCAGAACCCGCUACUGUCCAGACAGCUGGUUGAUGCCGUCGCCAAGCUAAGUGAGAUCCACCACCACACGGCCCGACUGGCUGAUUACAGAACCAUCCGGCUGAAGAAGGCCAGUUCCCUUUUUCAUGAGUUCAACGAGAUGCUGCAGGUGGUGGUGGGAUGGACAGAGAGAGCCGAGGUGCUGUUGAAGGACAGGGUUGUCUGGAGCUCCUCAUCCCAGCUCCAGGAACAGAUCAGCAUUUACCAGCUGGUGCUGCAGGAGUCGCGCGAUGUGCACGUGGAUCUGGAUGCCAUGACGGAGAGAGCGUCGUUGCUGUCGGAAGUGCUGCAGGCAGACGUCAUGAGCCAGCAGGUGUCCAAGUUGAGCCGGCACACCGAGGAGCUGCAGCAAAACAUGAGGACAAGACUACAGAGCCUGCAGGAUGCGCUCAAGGACAUGGAGAAGUUGGAACAGGAGGUGAGUGCUCUGCACGAGGCCCUCGAGUCAGCCCAGGUCACACUGACCUCCCCAGAGCUGGCCCAGCUGAGCUUGAAGGAGCAGCUUGCCCAGCGACAGCAUCUUCUGGCGGACAUGGAGAACCUGAAGCAGCAGGUUCAGGCGAUGCAGGUGUGUCAGAGCGCCCUGCGGGUCCCUGAGGAGGCAGUCACCAGCCUACCCAUCUGCCGCACCGCCCUAGGUCUGACACACGAGGCCAGCCAGCUGCAGCACACCGCCAUCCAGCAGUGCAACAUCCUGCAGGAGGCUGUGGUGCAGUAUGAGCAGUAUGAACAGGAAGUGAGGCACCUCCAGAGGCUCAUUGAGGAGGCUCACCGAGUCAUCCAGGACCGUCCCGUUUCCACCAGUAACAUCCAGGAGCUGCAAGCCCAGAUUGUCCACCAUGAGGAGCUGGCCCAAAAGAUCCGCGGCUACCAGGAGCAGAUCGCCUCCCUCAACUCUAAGUGCAAGAUGCUGACGGUGAAGGCAAAGCACGCCACCAUGCUGCUCACGGUGGCCGAGGUGGAGGAGCUGUCCGAGGGGUUAGACGAACUAGACCCCGAAGUGUUGCCCGAGCAUCCUGGGCCGCACUCCUCCGUCGUCAUGAUGACCGCCGGCCGCUGUCACACGCUCCUCUCCCCCGUCACCGAGGAGUCUGGGGAGGAGGGCACCAACAGCGAGAUCUCUUCCCCGCCCGCCUGUCGCUCUCCUUCACCCGUGGCUAAUGCUGACGCUUCCCUCAACCAGGAGGCUCAGGUGAGACCCCCCACCACCAGAGUGCCUCUACAGGACCUCUAUGACUCACCCAUAGAGUGCGUGGCCACCACCAACCUGGAUGACCUGCAGCGAUCUUGGGAAACACUGAAGAAUGUAAUCAGCGAGAAGCAGAAGACCCUUUAUGAGGCCCUGGAGAGACAGCAGAGCUACCAGGAUGCUCUGCAGUCCAUCUCCACUAAGAUGGAGUCUGUGGAGGUCCGGCUGAACAAGGGUCCCGGUGACGAUCGCAGCCCCGAGAGCCAGAUGGCAGCUCACCAAGCCCUGAUGGACGACAUCCUGAUGCUCCAGGAUGAGAUCAACGAGUUGCAGGCGUGCUUUGCCGAGGAGCUGUCAUCGGAUGCUCUGGAGGCAGACACGGCCGACCAGCUGGCCAUGCAGUCCACGCUGACUGUGCUGGCGGAGCGGAUGGCCACCAUCCGUAUGAAGGCAUCCGGAAAGCGGCAGCUGCUUGAGGAGCGGCUGAGCGACCAGCUGGAGGAACAGCGCCAGGCACAGGCCCUGCAGCGAUACCACAGUGAGGCAGAUGAGCUCGACCACUGGCUGCUCAGCACCCGCGCUGCUCUCAGCUCUGCCCGGCGGCCUCGAACCAACGACAUGGAGAUGGACAUGGAGGAGCAGCUCAUUGACUGCCAGAACAUGCUGCUGGAGAUGGAGCAGAAGGUGACGAUGCUGUCAGAGCUGUCGGUGCACAGCGAAAGCCUGCUGCUGGAGGGUGGCGCCCACACGCGCCACGAAGCCGAGCAACUCGCCCUCAAGUUGCACACGUUGAAGGACAGUCUGCUGGAGCUGCAGAGGAUGUUGCAGGACAAGCAGCUGGACCUGCAGCAGGGUUCCGUACAGGAGCAGGACGUCAGUGAGCCGGACUCCGGGAUUUCCCAGAACCCCAGCAUUCAAGACUGGCUGUCUCAGGCCCGCUCGUCACGUUGCCAACACCACCUGGAUGACCUCCAGAGGCAGAAGGAGCUCGGGGAGCAUAUAGCUCAGCAGAAGGAGCUGCUACAAUUUGUGACCAGUGUAGGGGAGGAGCUUCUGUCACAACAAACUACACCCACCAGCACCAGAGUUACAGACUCAGUGCCACCAAAACUGGACCUGGAGCACGAGGGUAGGCUCAGAUUGGCCAGUCUGAGCAGACAUCUGAGCAGUAAACUUCAGCUUCUCCAGGAUCUAAUUGAACAAGAGGCCAGUGAACCGGUGUUCAGCAAAACUGGCAGGGUGUCCUUGCCCAGCUCAGCGGUGCUCCAGGCAGAGCCUCCUGUUCAGGGCAAGUCCUCACUCAAGGCUUUAUUUCGUGAUUUCAAUCAGGCGAUUCAAGAGGCCUCUUCCCAGCCAAGGGGACCUGAGAAGCAGAGCCAUCUGCUGCAAGAGCGGUUGUAUGCUGCCCUUUCAGCUGCCACCUCCUGGCUCGAUGGUGUGGAAAGCAGCCUGUUCUCUGGACCUGUGCUGCUCACACAAAAUGCUGAGACUCGGUUGUACAGCCAGGAGGUCCUGCAAAAGGAUGUGCAGGAAGUGGAGGAGGAAGUGGCUCGGUGCAAGGAACUGAUGGUGGACUCGCAGGGGCUCUGUGGAAAGGACCAGGCUCUGAUGGAAGAAGCACUGAACAUCCUGCAGGUUUGGCUAGGGGCCAUGGCCUCUGUUCUGGAAAAGUGCUGUGAGAACACAAGGAGCAGGCUUCAGGAAUUCAGUGCCUUCCAGACGGAGCUGCGGCUGCUCUUCACGGCUCUGGCUGAAAGCAAGCAACACACUGUCAUAAGACUGGCUGAGGUGCACAGCCAGCCAACCCCCAAACAGACUGAGAUCAUCACUGAAGCAGAGGAGAGCUUAAGGGAGCUGGAGCAGAGGGUCACAGAGUUGAAAUACAAAGGAGAAACCCUGCAACCAGACCAGAUCUGCACCCAGGAACUGCUGAAGCUACAGGAGGCUUACGAAGAAGUGGUGGAGGCCGUGGGUCUGCACCGCAGCAGCCUGAAUCAAAACUUGACCCUGAAGGCCCAGGGUGACCAGGCACUGCAGGACUUGGUGGACCUGCUGGAUACAGCCCAGGAUAAAAUGGCUGCAGACCAGAAGAUGAUGGCCAGCUCUGUGGAAGAGGUCCACAGUCUGCUGGACAAACACAAGGAGUUCUUCCAGGGCCUGGAGUCUCACAUGAUCUUGACAGAGAGCCUCUUUUUGAGGAUUCAGAGCUUUAUGAAACCCUGGGAAAACCAGGCCCUGGAGGAGACGCUGGCUCAGGUGCAGGGGGUGCUCAAGCAGGCCCACAAGCGUGGAGUGGAGCUGGAGCAUGUCCUUGAGUCAUGGUCUCAUCUGGAGGAGAAGUACCAGGCGUUACUGAGGCAGCUGGAGGCAGUGGAGGCCAACAUUCCUACUGUGGGCUUGGUAGAAGAGACUGAGGAGAGACUGGCUGAGAGGAUUGACCUUUAUCAAAGCUUGAAAGGGAGUCUAGCAGAGUGGCAGCCUGAGCUCUACCAGGUGCUGGAGGAUGGCAAGCGACUGCUACUCACCGUCUGCUGUUCAGGCCUGGAGCAGCAGCUCACCCAGCUGGCAGAGCACUGGCUCAGCUGCACCACGCGUGUCAACAAGGAGCUGCACCGUUUGGACUCCACCCUGAAGCACUGUGUCAAAUACCAGAGUGAGUCCGCUCAAUUGAACCAAUGGUUGCGCUCAGCUCUGGAGCGGCUAGAGUUCUGGGCCGCACAGUCAGUGACGGUCCCCAUGGAGCUGGAGACGGUCAGGGACCAUCUCUACGCUUUCCUGGGUUUCUCCAAGGAGGUGGAUGCAAAGUCCUCUCUGAAGGCAUCAGUCCUGAGUACAGGCAGCCAGCUGCUGCGGUUGAAGAGAGUGGACACAGCAACACUGCGCUCCGCGCUGGCCCAGCUUGACACCCAGUGGGCCGAGCUGAUGGCUCGUAUACCCGUGGUGCAGGAGAAACUCCACCAGCUGCAGAUGGAGAAGCUAGCAUCUCGCCAUGCUAUCACUGAACUUAUGAGCUGGAUCUCAUUGAUGGAGAAAGUGAUUGAGGAGGAUGAGGAGAAGAUCAAUGAAGCAGUAGGGUCGGAGGUCAUCCAGGGUUACCUGCAGAAGUACAAGGGCUUUAAGAUUGAUCUGAACUGCAAGCAACUGACAGUGGACUUCGUGAACCAGUCUGUUCUCCAGAUCAGCAGUCAGGAUGUGGAAAGCAAGCGCAGUGACAAGACUGACUUUGCUGAGAGGCUGGGUGCCAUGAACCGCCGCUGGCAGAUCCUUCAGGGUCUCAUCAGUGAGAAGACCCAGCUGCUGGAAGGGCUGUUGGAAUCAUGGAUGGAGUAUGAGAACAGCUUGCAGAACCUGAAGACAUGGUUUGACGUUCAAGAGGACAAACUGAAGAAGAAGCAACAGAUAGAGGACCUGGCCUCAGUUCAGAAUGCCCUCAAAGAUUGCCAGGAGCUUGAGGAGAUGAUCAAGAAGAAGCAGAAGGAUGUGGGAAAGGUAGAGGAACAAGGCCACAGCCUUAUCCUCAAUAAGAAAGAGGAGGCCGGUGCUGUCGUGUUGGAAGCAUUCCAAGAUGUGAGCCACACCUGGGCAAACCUGGACCAUCUGACAGAACAGCUAAAGAUGAGUCUGCAAAUGGUGCUGGACCAGUGGAACCUGUACAAGUGUUUGCUGGAGGAGAUCAACGGGUACCUGAUGGAGGGCCGGUACUCAGUGUCUCGGUUCCGCCUCCUCACAGGCUCCCUGGAAGCUGUUAGGGGGCAAGUGGGAAACCUUCAGAACCUCCAGGAGGAACUGGAGAAGCAGGAGAACAGCCUGAGGAAGUUUAGCUCCAUAACACAACAGCUGCUGAAGGAGUGCCAGACCCCCAUAGCUGACGAGCUAAACUACACUCUCAACAACAUCAGCUUGAGGUGGAACGGGCUGAUGGAGGAAGUCACAGAGCAGCUCCGGAGCAGCAAGGCUCUGCAGCAGCUGUGGCAGCGUUACCAGGAGCUGUACAGCCAAACUGCCACUGCCAUUCAGCAGCAGGAGGAGCAAGCAGACGGGGUGCUGGAGGCCUCAUACAACCAGGACUUUGCUGAUAAGGGACUACUCUUUUGGGUCCAAAAAUGCAGUGAGUUGUUACAGGCUCAGCAGCCCAUUCAGAACUCCCUGCAGGUGCUGCACGAGCUUGGAGAGCAGUUAAGGGGGCAAGUGGAUUCCUCUGCCAUUGCAGCUCUUCAGUCAGAUCACUUCUCACUCACACAGAGACUUGCAGCAGUGGAGAAGGCCCUCUGUAGGCAGCAGGCAGUACUGCAGGCUGCAGUGCAGGACUGCGAAAGGUUCAGCGAGCAGCUGGACUCCCUCAACAGGUGCGUUGUGGAAGCAGAGCUGGUUCUGAAGGGACAGGAUCCCAGUGAUUCCACAGAACAGUCCAUCAUCCAUGCCCGUAUGGAGGAACUGAAGGGGCAGAUACUCAAACUCAGUAGCAUGACUCCUGAUCUGCAGCGCCUAAAUGAGCUGGGCUACCGGCUGCCCCUCAGCGACACUGAGAUAAAACAUGUGCAGAAGCUGAACCGUGACUGGGCAAUGGCCUCAGCCCAGGCCACCGAGAGAUUACACAAACUACAGUCCAUCCACCUGGAACAUCAGACCUUCUCUGAGAAGUGUAAGACUUGGAUGGAGUUCCUAGCGGAAACAGAGGAGAGACUGGUUUCAGAGAUCUGUGGGAACUACCAGAGUUUGCUUGAGCAGCAAAGGGCCCAUGAGCUUUUACAGGCUGAGAUGUUGAGCCAACAUCAGAUCCUUCGUUCUAUGGUCAAUGAGGGACAGCAGCCCCUAGAGCAGGGAGACAUAAACGAAAGGGAGGAAUUUUACCUCAAGCUGACUCAGCUAAGCAGCCAGUGGCAGGGGAUGGUGCACUACAGUCAGCACAGACGUGGGACCAUUGACCUCCUGGUGCGCCACUGGCAGCAGUACAGGGAGAUGUUCCACAAGCUGCACAGAUGGUUGGCAGACACAGCGCAGCAAGUGGACGGGUACUUGCAGGGGGUGCCUGUACCCCUGCAGCAGAUCCAUUCUAUGCUGGAUGAGGUUCAGCGAAAGGAGAAGGCAAUGCAGCGGCAGCAAGGCUGCUACAUCAUGAUACUGGAAGUUGGACGGCACCUGCUUCUGUCGGCCGACAGCAGAGUGGAGGCUGAGCUGCAGGCAGAGCUCACAGACAUGCAGGAGCGCUGGAGGCACGUGUCCACCCGUCUUGAUGAGUGCAGGAGGGAGAUGGACCAUUUGCUCAAGGAGUGGGACAGGUGUGAGAAGGGAAUUGGAGGACUGCUGGAGAAAUUGCGAGCCUUUAAACGGAAGCUGUCGCUACCACUGCCAGACCACCAGGAUGCACUGCACUCAGAGCAGAUGCGCUGCAAGGAGCUAGAGAACACACUGACAGACUGGACCGAUGAGCUGGCCUAUUUGCGUCUCCUGAAGGGAGUGCUGUCGGGUGGUGUCAGCGCAGAUGAUCUCGCUGUGUUGCAGGAACGAAACCAGCUGCUGCAGCGCCAGUGGGAUGAGAUUGGCCACCAGCUGGGCCUCCGCAGACAACAGGUGAACGAGAAGCUGAACGAGUGGGCGAUCUUCAACGAGAAGAACAAGGAGCUUUGUGAGUGGCUGACACAAAUGGAGAGCAAGGUGUCCCAGAACGGCGAUAUCAGCAUCGAGGAGAUGAUAAACAAGCUCCAAAAGGACUACCAGGAGGAGAUUGCUAUGUCGCAGGUGAACCGACAGCAGCUGCAGCAGAUGGGCGAGCGACUGGCCAAGGCCAGCCAUGAGGGCAAGGCCACGGAAAUUGGCAACAAACUCAACAAGGUCAACGAACGCUGGCAACACCUGCUAGAUCUGAUCGGAGCCAGGGUCAAGAAGCUGCAUGAGACACUCGUGGCAGUACAGCAGCUUGACAAGAAUAUGAGCAGUCUACGUUCCUGGCUGUCCCACAUGGAGACGCAGCUGUCACGGCCCAUCGUCUACGAGACCUGUGACGCUGAGGAGAUCCAGAGGAAACUUCAACAGCAGCAGGACCUCCAGAAGGACAUCGAGAAACACAGCACAGGCGUGUCCUCAGUGCUGAACCUGUGUGAGGUGUUGCUGCAUGACUGCGAUGCCUGCUCCACAGAAGUUGAGUGCGAGUCCAUCCAGCAGGCCACACGUAGCCUGGACCGUCGCUGGAGGAGCAUUUGUGCAACAUCGAUGGAGAGGAGACUCAAGAUUGAGGAGACAGGGAGGCUGUGGCAGAAGUUCCUGGAUGACUUCUCACGUUUUGAGGACUGGCUGAAGCAAGCGGAGAGCACAGCCGCCCAGCCCAACUCCUCAGGCGUGCUUUAUACGGAGGCCAAGGAGGAGUUGAAGAAGUUUGAGGCCUUCCAACGCCAAGUCCAUGAGAGCCUGACCCAGCUGGAGCUAAUUAACAAACAGUACCGCCGCCUGGCUCGGGAGAACCGCACCGACUCAUCUUGCCACCUGCGCCAGAUGGUGCAUGAUGGAAACCAGCGGUGGGAUAACUUGCAACGAAGGGCAGCGUCCAUCCUCCGCCGACUCAAGCACUUUGUGAGCCAACGGGAGGAGUUUGAGACCACCAGGGAGAGUAUCUUGGUGUGGCUCACUGAGAUGGACCUUCAGCUCACCAACAUCGAGCACUUCUCAGAGUGCGACAUCGACGCUAAGCUCCGGCAGCUCAGGGCCUUUCAGCAGGAGAUCUCCCUCCACACGCCCAAGAUCGAGCGCGUUUUCCACCAGGGGGAGGUGCUCAUCGGAAAGAGUGAACCCAUGGAUGCCGCUGUCAUCGAGGAAGAGCUGGAGGAGCUGAGGAGAUACUGCCAGGAGGUGUUUAGCCAUGUUGAGCGCUACUACAAGAAGCUCACACGUGAGCCAGUGACCGAUGACGAACACGAUGUCUCUGACCGUGAGCUGGACUUGAGUGCCAGUGACCUUAACUGCUUGCCCUGGAGUAAGCAUACAGAUGACAACUGCACCGAAUCCGUGGUAGGGCACGCCCAGGUGGAGCCCUCCGGCCGGGACACGCCUGCCAGCGUGGACUCCAUUCCCCUGGAGUGGGAUCAUGACUAUGACCUGAGUCGCGGUUUGGAGGCUGAGCAAGGAGGAGGUCCUGAGGAUGAUCACGAGGAGUUCCUCCACGACACAACUGCCCUCUCAGAUGUAGUGAUUCCUGAGAGCCCGGAGGCUUAUUUAAAACUGACAGAAAAUACUCUGAGGUCCUCCACUGGAGAGCCCAACUCCCUAGGAAUACAAAGCCACUACCGUUUGCAGCAGACAGAGGAGUCUGUCAGCCACGACACUUCCAAAAUGGACACGUCUUACUUGGGCUAUAUGAGACUGCUGGGAGACUGCCGCAGCAGCAUCACUACAGUGAAGAGGGUGGACAGUGCACUGAAUGAGAGCGAUGAUGAGCCUGGGCUCAUCUGCCUGAAUAACACAGAGCCCCAGACAACAGGUGUGAUCGAGCGCUGGGAGUUGGCCCAAGCCCAGGGCCGGAAGCAGCAACUGCAGCAAAACCCAUAUCAGUGGCAUCAGCUCUGCUCAGAUGUGGAUGACAUGCUGGAGUGGCUGAGCCAGGCAGAGGAGGAGCUGCAACAGCUGCGCAGACUCGAACGCAGCACAGACAUUUACACCAUUGAACAGCGCGUGCAGAAGCUUAAGAAGCUACAGAAGGCCAUGGACAACCACAAGAGUAUGGUACUGUCAAUAAACCUGACCAACACAGACCUCCUAGAGACAGAUACAGCCGAGUCCGCUGAGCUCCAAGAGCUCCAGUCUCGGGUUAGAGAGAUGAAUGGGCGUUGGGACCAGAUGAACAGCUCUCUGGUGGAAUGGCGCCAAUCCCUACAGGAUGCACUCAUGCAGUGUCUUCACUUCCACGAGAUGAGUCACAGCCUGCUGCUCUGCCUGGAGAACAUUGAUCGCAGGAGGAACAAACUUAUGCCCGUCAGCUCCAGCUCAGAACGCAACAUGCUAAUCCAGCGUCAGACAGCACUGAAGCGAAUCCUGGUAGAGCUCCUGGAGUCUCAGUGGAUGGUGGCCCUGCUGGAGGACAUGUCCAGCCAUCUGUUGGUGGACACACAGGGCAGCGACCGCAUGGAGGCGCAGGAGAGGGUCCAUGUUGUUGGCAACCGACACAAACUGCUCCUGAAGGAAGUCAAGCAAGACCUGGGGGAGCUGAAGGAAAUGCUGCAGAGCUCUGGCUACCAGCAGUCCUCCUUGGACGAGCUGGAUUCUUCUGAUUCUGCAGCUCCCCUGUCUGCGCAGACCAGCCUCACUCGACUCCAAACGCCCCAGGGCAAAUGGGGUCUUUCACAGUCGGGACCCUCUGCCGGCACCCAGGGCCUCAGGUCCUCCCGCGGUGCUGGAUCCACUUUCCACCGCUCUAAGCGGUGCUCGUCCUUCAUGCUGCGGGUUCUGCGGGCAGCAUUUCCUUUCCAGCUGCUGCUGCUCCUGCUGCUGGUCCUUACCCGCCUGGUGCCUGCCACCCAAGAGGACUACAGCUGCACCAUGGCCAACAACUUUGCCCGUUCCUUCCACCCCAUGCUGCACUACACCAACGGACCUCCGCCCAUAUGAACACGUGCCCCUAAUGCUCUUUGUACACAUUGUCCUUUAAGUGGCACUGCAGGCCACAAUGGACACACAUGGCACAGCCUGCUGGGAUGGCAGGACCCAGAAGGCAAUGUGACCUCCUUGGACUUCUUUGUUUCUGCCUCACUGGGAAGAAGAGAACUUUUUUUUAAUAAAACUUUUAAAAGACAUACAUACAGCAUAAGGCAAUUAUUUUUGUACCUUUAUUUUUGGCAUGCAAUUAAAAUACUUGCUUUGAAAUACAAUUGAUGGUAGGCCUCUGUAGAUAACAUUUUUUAAACAAUAGUUAACUGAAUGUAAGAUUCAACAUUGCUGGAUUGUGUGAUGAAACUGUAAAGUCCAAAUAAUGUAAGCAGCUAUUUAUGUAUGUACAGUUUGCUAACUUUGCAUUUAAUAUAUACACAUCUACUAUAUGCAAAACUGGUUGUGUUUGUUUAUUGUAAAAAUGUGUCAUUUGUUAAUUUUGAGUUUUAACAAGAUUCACUUUAGCAGCCAGGUUUUUCCAUUCAUGCAACUUAAAAUGUGUAAGAUAAAAAUUUAUUUUUAACCCAUUUAUUUCCUAAAGACAAAUGAGAAGAGGGUAAGGACAUGAGAACAGUGUUCAGAGUGAUAGUUCCUAUUUUUUCACACCUUGAUGGUCAGUGUUAGGGGAGACAUUGUGACCAAGUGUUUACACCUAUAAAAUGAACAUAACCUUAACCCAACACACAUUUUUACUUACCUAUAAACAAAUUGAGGUAUAUCUGUUUUUAUUAAUCUAGACAGUAAACAACGUGGAAAGCUGCCCGAAAUUAACACCUGACAAUCGGUCAACGGCACUAAACAGUGGUUACGGAAAUUACAUUUUCUCCUUUAAGUAAUUUUAAAUUAGUUUUUAAAUGCUGAUUGAAAGUUAGAAUAGACAAUAAAGCGUUAUAUUGUAACGUAGAGGCGACAAGUCCUGGGUGUAACUGUACUCAACCACCUGCACUGUGCUGGAUGAACAAGUCUUACUGUUUUUCUUAGAAUUUUACACUGGAGUUUAACAGAGCGUAACCGUUUCGUCAGAUGUGUAUUAUUCUACUUUUAAUGCAGCUUCAUGGUAAAAGUGAUUUUGCAGUUAGAUCGAGAUACGAACAGGCUUCCUGUCCCAGUUGUGGAAGUUGAGGUUCCAGCAAACUUCCAAACCCUCUAUGAAUGUGUAUUUUAUACACUGGGUGUACAUAUUUUAGCGACUGAAACUAUGUUGUAAACAUGAAAAUACCAUUUUCUAAGUCCAAUAAAGCAUAAGGUUUAAUUUUAUGUCCUAUAUUUCAUCUGAGUGUCGAUGGCCAAGCCAUCGCUACAUAAAUUCUCAGUUAAAUACAAUAUCCAUGUAAAAAAUUGGAACUUUUACAUCAUGUUUUUAGUGAAACUCGUAACUCCA